AUGAGUGCACUUAUGCAAACAAUUUUAUGUCCUGUUUUAUUAAUUGGUGGUUUUGCUGAUCUUUAUACUGAUACAGUUUUCCGUUUAAUAAAUAAAUUAAAAUGUCCAAAACGAGCGAUCUUAGGUCCAUGGGGACAUGAAUGGCCAGAUAUUGCUUAUCCUGGACCACAAAUUGGUUUUUUAUUAGAAAUAGUUAAAUGGCUUGAUUAUUAUAUUAAAGGAAUUGAUAAUGGUUAUGAUAAAAAAGAAAUAAUAUCUAUUUAUAAAUUAAAUCCAAAUAUUGAUGAACUUCAUUCAAUUGUAAAACAAAGAAAAGGAAAAUGGAUUCAUUUAAAUGAUAUUCUAUUUUAUCCAAAUGAACAUUUACAAAGAAAUGAUUAUUUUACAAAUGAAAAUCAACAAAUAAAUCAAAAACAAAUUAAAUAUUAUUUAUCUUUUGGAUCUUUGACAACUGAACCUAUUUCAAAUAAUUUAUUUCCUAAUAAAAUAUCAUUUUUAUCUCCUCAACAAACAGGAAUAUCAUGUGGAAAUUUAUGUGGAUUAGGAUAUGUUCAUCAUCCUUCAAAUGCAAUAGAUCAACGAGAAGAUGAUGGAAGAUCAUUAUGUUUUGAUUCUCUUCCAUUAACUAAUGAUUACGAAUUAUUUGGAUUUCCAACUGUUAAACUUAAUUUAAGUUCUUCAAGUCAAGUUGGUUUAAUAUGUGUUCAUCUUUGUAUGAUUGAUCAAAAUACUUCAUCUUCAAUUCUUAUUGCACGUGGCGUUCUUAAUUUAACACAUCAUCAAUCACAUGAACAUCCCAAAUUAUUAAAUAUCAAUCAAAUUUAUAAUAUUGAAGUAACAUUAAGUGGUAUUUGUGUAUGUCUUCCAGCUGGUUGUCGUCUUCGUCUAGCUUUAUCAACAUCAUAUUGGCCAAUUGUGUGGCCUUCAUCUCAACUAGCAACAUUAACACAAUCUUCAUCUGAUCGUUUUCGAAUAUUUAAUGAAGUUAAUCAAACAAUUAUAUUACAAAUAAAUGAAGAUGAUGGUUCUAUUGAAUAUCCAGAUGCAAGAAUUGAAAUCUUAAGAUAUUUAAAAUAUUAUUUUAAAAAUGAAUCAUCAAUUAAAGUUGAUAUACAAACAAAAUCAAUAAUGUUUACUCAACAAUCACCAUCAACAUAUCAAAUUAUACAUCAAUUAGAUAUUACAAAUAAUGAUCAACCUUUUUUUAAUAAAACUUUCAAUUUAUCUUUUCCAAGAAUUUAUAAUUAA